GCAAGCCCUUUGCCACUCCUCUGGGCUACCUGCCCAAGCACAGGACUGUCUCCAAGGCCAUGAUCGCUUACUGGACCAACUUUGCCAGGACUGGUGAUCCCAACAAAGGGAAUUCGGACGUGCCCGUUUCCUGGCCAGCCUACAGCAGCAAGGGCGCUUACUACCUGGAGAUCAACAACAAGAUGAACAAGAAGUCGGUGAAGAAGGACCUGAGAUCCCGGUUUGUGACCUUCUGGAACUCGGUCUAUCGGAGCCUGCCACAGGUUGCCAACAUCACCCAGUCGGAGUUAAUGUUCUGAACCUAA